AUGAGCAACCAGAACACACGGCGGAAGAAGCAGAAACAGACGCCGGAGUCGCAGUUUCGGUGUACACUGGAUCAGUGUUCCAAAUCGAAGGACCUCUCCGCCGCCAUCACUCUCUACGAAUCCUCCUCAAGUCCAACCCUCACUCUCAACAAUCUCAAUUCCUUGCUAUACAUCUGCUCCGAAGCCCUUUCCAAUUCAAAUACCCGACAAUCCGCAAUUGACUUCGGAUUCAAGCUGUUCCGCAACCACAACAAUGAAAACCUCAAGCCAAACGAGGCGACGCUCACAGCCGUGGCUCGGUUGGCGGCGGCGAACGGAGACUACGCGUUCGACCUUGCGAAAAGCGUGAUGAAACAAUGUGCAGCGCCGAAGCUUAGGACUUUCACGCCGGCGUUGAAUUGCUUUUGCGGCGUCGGAGCGGCGGAUAGGGCUUAUGAAGUGGAGGAGCAUGUGGUAUCGGCGGGGCCUCAGAUGGAACGUGCCCUGCCUGCCGUGAAUAGUUAG